AGACAUAAUAUCUGAAAAGAUGACAGUUGUCAAUGUGUAUGCUCGUAAUCCGGCUUCCCUGGUGGCUCAGCAGUAAAGAAUCCACCUGUAAUGCAAGAGACGUGGCUUCAAUCCUUGGAUGUGGAAGCUCUCCUGCAGAAAGAAAUGGCAACCCACUCCAGUAUUCUUUUCUGGGAAAUCCUGGCGGGCUACAGUCCAUGGGCUGCAAGAGUUGGACAUGACUGAGAGACUCAACCACAACAACAAUGCAUAUAAUCACAUAGCCUCAAACAGUAUAGCCCAAACACAGAGGGAGAGACUUGGAAGGAAAAAAAGUGAAAUAAUUAUUAGGAGAGUUUAUCAUUUUUUCUAAAGAAAAAUUUCAUACUUUUUAAAAAAUAGAACAUCUUGGUGCUCACCAAUCCUAUUUUAUGAUUCUCAUUCAGAAUUAUAGUUUCAGCUUUUAGAGGUUCAGUCUUCUGAACCUGGACUUCCAGAGGUGUUUAAACCACUACACCAGCAACUUUCAUGAAUGAGGUAUUCAGUACUUUCCAAAGAAAUUCUGAGCAAUAAAGGUAAGUCACUUUCCUUUGGUAAUCAACUUCUGAGAUCCUGAGCGUGGGACAACCAGCAGAGAUUUUAAGGCGGUACCAGGGAGAUGGGGCAUUCCGAAGGCCUUGGGAGAUCUUUAGAGCAGUUCGAAAGGAGAUGGCGUCCCAUAACUUCUGGAUGGAUCCCUAAAAGGGAGUCGGGUCGGCACCAUUUGGAGGUAUAGCUUUCUUCGAUGCGAUUUCCUAAGGUCCCUACCAUUACUGGUUCAGAGUGUUUUUCUAUCCGGAAGGUGUGGUGAUUACCUGGACUUCAGAGGGUUAAGGAUCAGCACACUAAUCCCUCCUUCCCGGCGCCCAGAUUUGGGGAGGGUGAGGACAGAAUAUCCAUUUGUGUACUUUCCCGGGGAGGAGAGGCCAAAGGGCGAGACGGACGUACAGAGCGAAGACCCACAGGAUCUCUGUCCCCAGCUCCCGGCCCGCGUCUUUCCUUCACUGCCUGCGGGCUGCGCGUGCGGAGGGCGCGCAGGUUCCGGGGCGCCGUGCGCUCAGCCUAGGGCUCGGCUCCGGAGCGACGAUGGGGUCGUAGCGGGUGCUUCUUCUAGUCCGAUAUUUACUGCCUGCGCUCCUGCUCUCAGAGGCAGCCAAAAUCCUGACUAUAUCCUCACUGGGUGGAAGCCAUGUUCUACUAAUGCACCGAGUGUCUCAGAUUCUUCAGGAUCAUGGUCAUAACGUCACUUUGCUUUCUAAUAGAGGAAGAAGUCUAGCCUCAGAUUUAGAAAAGGAGGAACACUCAUUCCAAGUUAUCAGUUGGCAUUCACCUGGAGAUCUUGAAAAUGAAAUAAGGAAAUGUCUGGAUUUGUUUGUGACAGAAGCUUUGCACAGCAGAAAAGAAUCUGAACACUUUGUAAAUUUAAUGGAAAUACUUGGGACUCAAUGCAGUUAUUUGCUAAGGAGAUGUGAUAUCAUGGAUUCCUUAAAGAAUGAGAACUUCAACCUGAUAGUUGUUGAUGCCUUUGACUUGUGUUCAUUUCUAAUUGCUGAGAAACUUGAGAAGCUGUUUGUGUCCAUUCUUCCCACAUCGGUUAGCAGACUGGACAUUGGCCUGCCAAGCCCCUUGUCUUAUGUUCCAGUAUUCCAGUCUUUCCUAACUGACCAUAUGGACUUCUGGGGUAGAGUGAAGAAUUUUCUGAUGUCAUUUGUUUUCUCUGUGGAGCAGUGGCAAAUACACUCUACCUUUGACAACACCAUCAAGGAACAUUUCCAGGAAGGUUCUAGGCCAGUUUUAUCUCAUCUUCUAAAGAAAGCAGAGCUGUGGUUUGUUAAUUCUGACUUUGCCUUUGAAUUUGCUCGGCCUCUGCUUCCCAACACUGUGAAUGUUGGAGGCUUAAUGGUCACUGUUAGACCAGUACCACAGGAACUUGAGAAUUUCAUUGCCAAAUUUGGAGACUCUGGUUUUGUCCUUGUGGCCUUGGGCUCCAUCGUGAGCAGAUAUCAGUCCCAGGAGAUUCUCAAGGAAAUGAGUGCUGCCUUUGCUCAUCUCCCUCAAGGGGUGGUAUGGAAGUGUAAGCCUUCUCAUUGGCCCAAAGAUGUCAAAUUGGCAGCAAACGUAAAAAUCACGGACUGGCUUCCUCAGAAUGACCUCUUGGCGCACCCUCGCAUCCGCCUUUUUGUCACCCAAGGUGGGAUGAACAGUGUCAUGGAGGCCAUCCAGCAUGGUGUGCCCAUGGUGGGGAUUCCUGUCUUUGCAGACCAGCAUGAAAAUGUGCUCCGAGUAGAAACCAAAAAGUUCAGUGUCUCUAUCCAGUUAGAACAGAUGAAGGCCGAGACAUUGGCUCUGAAGAUGAAGCAAGUCAUGGAAGACAAGAGGUACAAAUCUGCCGCAGAGGCCGCCAUCAUCAUCAGACGCUCGCAGCCCCUGACCCCCGCCCAGCGGCUGGUGGGCUGGAUCGACCACAUCCUCCAGACAGGGGGUGCAGCCCACCUCGAGCCCCAUGCCUUCCAGCAGCCGUGGUAUGAGCAGUACCUACUGGACGUCCUCUUGUUCCUGCUGGUGGUCACCCUGGGCACCACAUGGCUCUGUGGGAAGCUGCUGGGCCUGGUGGCCAGGUGGCUGUGUGGGGCCAGGAAGCUGAAGAAGGCCUGAGGCUAAGUGGAGCCUUCUCAGGCUCUUUCCCUGUUUCUCUUUCUUUCACUUUUCAUAAAGCUCACUCAAGCUGUUUGGUCGGUUCUUCCUUGUCAGCCUUCCUCCUGCAUUUCCUUUUCGUCUCACCUCACAGCUCAGGAAGCCUGACCUCUGUCCUGCAGGUUGGCGGGGACACCCCUGUGAGGACUUGGUCCCCUCCUGCGCAGAGCACCUCCUUCACUGUCAGGCCUGGAGCCUGCCUUUGGUCCACAGCUGAGGCCACCUGCUGCCCAUGUUUCAAUGUUCCGUCCUCAAGAUUCCCAACUUGAAUAAUUAGGGUCACGAAAACCUAAGUGGAGAAAUGGAACCUCCAUGCAAGGCUUGGGGGCCUUAGGUCCAGGAGCCGUGGCUGGCCCAAACCUUUUGAUUUAGGAAACAUUUCAUCCUCCAUCCCACUUAGCAAAGAACAUCUCUACAUGUGGUAAACCCUUGGGGAUGACAUUCAGUUCCUAGUAACAGAAGCUAGAAAAAGAGUGGCUUAAACACUCUGGAGUUUUAAAGUGUUUUUUUGUUUCCUGGACACAGCCUGGAGACAGGUGGUGGAGGGCUGGUAUGGUGACUCAUCCUGCUGUCUGUAGCUUUAAAAAAAAUUUUUUUUGAACACCUGUCCUGUACUGUUCUACCAAGUUGCCUCUCUGGUUUGUUGCUCUCAUGAAAUAUUUUACCUUCAGGGAUCCUGUCUUCCUGUUUGCUUUUGCAUUCUGAAAUGGAAUUAAAUUCCUCCUUAA